GCCUGGCGCACCUCGUCGUGGUGCUCGAGCUCCUGGUGGAAGGGCGUCAACAAAGAUCCGUCGGACCCGCCUGAGCGGAUGGGGUGGACGGGCUUCAGGAUCUGGAGGCGUCAGGUCCGCAGGCGGCUCGACCGCGCAGACAUCAGGGCGACGAAGAGGUCGGACAGGCUUCUUCUCCCCUUGGACCCGGAGGUGCGGAGGCAGUUCCAGGACAUCCCGAACACAGCGCUGACGAGCGAGGCGGGCCCUUCGCUGAUUCCGUCGCGCCUGGACACCCCGAGCGCACAGAGGCACGACGACGACCGCCGGACGGCGGGCUGCAGCAUAGAGAUCGGGCCAGACGCGAAGUCAUUUCCCGCUUACGCGACAGACGACGACAACUGCGAGGCGUCGAGCAUCGACGCGACCGAGGAGCAGGAGAUAUUGGCCACCUUGGAUCAGGCACAGGUGGAUGAGCUCGAGGUCGGAGACGCGCUGGCG